GCCACAGACAUUUCAGCUGUACUGAAGAGAUUCCGCUGAAUAAACUCAGUGCUUCGGUUCGGUUGGGAAUCAUGUAGCAGAGCUCAUCACAACUACAAACAACUCUCCUUUCAUCAAAACCCUCAUCCAGCCGACGGGUCGCAGCGAGGAGCAUUUGACACUGUGAACCUCCAGAUCCUGCUCUUUUCAAACUGGGUAUCUCUGGAUCUGGUUUGACUCUUAUCUCACAGGCAGAUCCUUUAUGGUGUCCUGGAGAAGCGAGACACCCAGAUCUUACCAGCUGACAACUGGAGUUCCUCAGGGAUCAGUGAAGGCAGCAUGAGAGGAAACAUGAAACAUCUUAAUAAAGGCUUCUCAUGUGUCAGUCACAUUCCUGCCUAAAAGUCUUUCUGAGGUGAUCUGAUCUACUCCACACAAGCUCGUUCAGGCAUCCGUCCAGAUGAUAUCGGCCACACCCCCCUCCACUAAUGGCCCCGCCCAUCAGAAUGUAUACCACCCCCAGACGGAUGUCUUAAAGCCACUGCUGGCAGGGGUGGGAGACUUGAGUCAUCUGAAGCGCCAGAGGCGUGUGUUAUCUAAAGAUGGGCGGAGUAACGUCCACAUCGAGCAUGCCAGUGGGCUUGGAGCUCUGUACCUGCGAGACCCCUGGACCACCGUUGUGGACAUGCAGUGGAGAUACAAACUAAUCCUGUUCAGCGCCACGUUCGUGGGGACGUGGUUCAUGUUUGGCCUGCUGUGGUACCUGCUGGCAUGGGUGCACGGAGACCUGCUGGAGUUUGACCCUCCAGCCAAUCACAGCGUGUGUGUGAUGCAGAUGCAGACGGUGACGGGUGCGUUCCUCUUCUCUCUGGAGACACAGACCACCAUCGGUUACGGUUAUCGCUGCAUCACUGAAGAAUGUCCGUCUGCUAUAGUCCUGCUCAUCAUUCAGCUCCUCAUCACCACCGCCAUGGAGAUCUUCAUAACAGGAACCUUCCUCGCCAAGGUGGCUCGGCCUAAGAAGCGCGGCGAGACGAUCCGCUUCAGUCAGCACGCUGUGAUAACCCAUCAUGACGGCCUGCCAUGUCUCUUGAUCAGAGUGGCAAACAUGCGCAAGAGUCUUCUGCUGGGCUGUCAGGUGACUGGAAAACUUGUACAGCCGUGUGUUCCUAAGGAAGGGGAAACAGUGGGUUUUGAUCAGAAGAAUGUGACUUUCAGUGUGGACACAGCGAGUGAAAGUCCGUUCCUCAUCGUUCCUCUCACAUUCUAUCACAUCAUAGAUGAAGAGAGUCCUCUGAGAGGCUGGGCAGCCAAAGAAGGAGGUUGGAUAGAUUCGAAUCGGGUCGACUUUGAGCUGCUGGUUAUGAUGAAUGCGACGAUAGAACCCACGUCAGCCACCUGUCAGGUGAGAACCUCUUACCUGCCCGACGAGAUCGUCUGGGGUUAUGAGUUCCAGCCCAUCGUAUCUCUCUCUCCAACCGGAAAAUACGUGGCGGACCUCGCAUACUUCGACAAAGUGGUGAAAACCAAGACCCUGCCUUCCUUCAGUCUGGCCCCUGCGAACAGUCCUGAUGGUUACCACGGAGACGCCGAUGGAACCGACCCCGAGAAGAUAAGACUGGAGCAAAGAUACAAAGCUGAUGAGAAACAGACAGACAGAGAUCACAGUGUGAGAGUCAGUAACGUCUGAAACUGAUCAUCCCGCCCAGUGCUUCUCAACGGAUCUCACUUCAGAACUCGGAUCAUACACUGGACAUCACAGAAACACUUCAAAGUACAUCAAAUACAACAAAUAAGUCUACUCUAAUACGUAUAUCUAAAGUACAUUGGAUUAACUUAAAGGUCAAGUAUAUUUUAUUAGUAUACUUUAGACUUUAGUGGGACUUCUGUUAGACCAGACUGGCCCGCUCUAUACAAAAAAAGUGGGUAACGCUUUAGAUUACUGCACGCAUAAUUAAACAGGAUUUACUGCGUAACUAAUUGUAACAAUAAUAUACCUACAUAUGUGUAAAUAAAGGGGAACAAUAUACAACGUUCGGGGAAUAAAGGGGUAAGAGUGAGGAAAAUUGAACAAAAUGAGGGCUGUCAAAUGAUUAAUCGUGAUUAAUCGCAUACAGAAUAAAAGUUUGUGUUUACGUAAUAUAUGUCAGUGUACUGUGCAUAUUAAUUUUGCCUAUAUUUGAGAAAUAUAUACAAAAAUAUACAAUUAUUACAAUUAACAACAGUUUAUUUAGAAUUUCAAUUAUUGGUAAAUAUAAAUGAAUACAUUUAAUAUUUCCUAAAUAUAUAUAUAAACAAGUAUCUGUAUUUGUUUAUGAUCAUAAAUACAAAAUUAAAAUGCAAAGUACAAAGAUAUAUAUUACGUAGACACAAACUUUUAUUCUGGAUGCAAUUACUCACGAUUAAUUGGUUGACAGCCCUAAGAAAUAUAAAAUAUUUAUUAUGAAAUUAAACCACUGAACUACUUGAUAAUCGCUUCAAAAGAUCAACAUUGCACCUUUUACACAUUAAAGCUCAAAGAUAACUCAUAAUAACUCAUUUUUAAAAUAAAUGAUUCCUGACCAACUAUUCUGAAAUCAAUCCGAUUAAAAUUAAUCCAAAAGUCAGGUGUAAAUAGUUUAAAAUAGAGUAUAAAUAUCUUUUGACUUGUUUAUUCCCCAAACAUAUUGUUCCCCUUCACCUACUGAUAUGUUCUGUAGAGGUACAUUAUUGUUACAAUUAGUUAAGCUGUUUAAUUAUGCGGUACAUUACGGGCCGUAAUCUAAAGUUUUACCCAAAGGAAGUACUUUAUUUUACGGUCCAUUUGCCUAAAGCAUAAAGUAACUAUAUUGGGAUAGUUUCAGGUUUAUAAUAUUUACUAUAAUAAGUACACAGCACAGUAUGUUAUCAGGGGCGUAUUGACCGGUAGGACAUUCUGUCAAAGCCCAGAUCCCACCGAUGGCCGUGACCAGGGGAAGACUGGCCAUUGGGAGUACCGGAACUAUUCCCGGUGGGCCGCUAACGCAUGGGGCCGGAUUGGAUUCUUGGGCCGGACAGACAGACAUAUUAUAAACGUGAAUGCAUGCAACCCGACGGCAUUAGCGAGUCGGUCACCUGACCCCACGUCGACAGAAAUGGUGGAGGGCCGAUGUGGGCCGAAUAGUCCUGGGCUGAUUUUGCUUCCCAGUCCGCCCCUGAGCAUGUAGAUUGAAAACGGGACUGUAAAAUAAAGUGCAUCCCCAAAAAGUGCGCUGUUAAGUCGACUUCAGUUCAGUGUACUCAUGCUUGAGUUACCCAAACGCACAAUUAACAUUAGAAUUAGGACAAAUAUAUUUGAAGAAUUUGGUUCCAAAAUAAGAGAACUUAUAGUGAAUACAUGUUUUUAUAUUGUGCAUUCCAAUCAAUAUAUCAAUCAAACUUCAGUUGUUUUAUUUUGAUUAAAGACAUAAUAACUCAAAAGCACAGCUAACUAACACAAUAAAAACAUGAUAACAUAUAAAAAACAUUUUUUUAUACGUAGUUAUUUCAUUUUGGCACCAAACUCUUCAUUUAUAUAAGCGAGCACACUAUCAAAUGACAGAUGAUAACUCUGAGCUGCAAUAAUGUGAAUUUUUCUAAGUUGCACAUCCACCGGAGUUGAACGAUGUUUAUCUGACUGUUACUGUAAUGUUGAAUAUCGGCUCUUUAGGACUCGAUGAUCUAAACGCACUUAGGUUUUGUACAUUAUGCUCUGUGCCUUUGUAUAUAUACACAUACUGUGACCCACAACAAUACCGCAAGACUUAACAACAAGCCUAUCAUUAAAUAACAAAACAACUGAAAUACAGAAACAUAUCACAAUAUGGAUACUGACCACUUUCAUUUCAAAUGGUUUAGGGUCACUGUAUGUGCGGUUUAUGAAUGAAGAUAUUGAUGAUUCUUGUGUGUGUGAUAUCAAUGUGCCUCUUAACACCUUAUGACUGUAUUUGACCUUACAUUUUUUAUAUGCAUUACUGAACCUUUAACAUGUGAUAAUAUUGUUUGACUGUGAAUCAUAACAAGGUGCUUGUAAUGAUGGACAUCAAUUGCUGUUUUUGCACAUCUGACAGGUCAAUAAGUGCAGACGUGUGUGGAUAAUAAUGUACUGUUUGUGCGUCUACUCCAACUGAGUUUAUUACUGUAAUUAAUAAUAAAUAUUUGAAAGAAAACAGA